GCUAUUAAUUUUUUAUUAUUAUGCAUAAUUGUUUUAGUUUUGAGUCGAAUGUUGUUUAAGUACAUAUAAAUGUAUGACUGUCAUCAUGUUCAAUUGUUAAAAGCUGCGUAAAAUCGUGUAAUUCAAAUCUUUUUUUCUAUUGUUUUAGAUUUUAAAAUUUUUGCUUCUUGCUAAAGACGUUUAAAGAUGAACAUGAUGCCUAUGAAAUUAUCUGCUGUCCGAUUAUACUCGUCCCUUUCUUCAAACAAAAAGUACUAUGAUGUCAUUAUAGCUGGUGGUGGUAUGGUUGGCUGUGCCAUGGCUAGUAAAUUAUCCCAAGAACCGUCAAUGUGUGGUGCUUCUAUACUUUUAUUAGAAGGAGGUUUAAAAAAAGAUUAUGCACUAGACACAAAGAAAAAUUCUCCAAACAGGUCUUAUAGCAAUAGGGUUUCUGCUGUAAGUAAGUCAAGUGUACAACUUUUACAAUCUGUUGGAGCCUGGCAAAUUAUUGAAGACAUUAAAGGUUGCAAUGCAGUUAAAGAAAUGCGGAUUUGGAAUUCUGGUGGAGGUCAAAGUGGUGGCGCAAAUAAUGUUUUAACAUUUAAUAAUGAUAAUGAUUUGGCAUAUAUUGUUGAAAAUGACAACAUACUUGGUGCACUAUAUAAACAAAUUCAUGAUGAUCCAAAUAUAACUGUUCAUUACGAUUCACGUGUGAAUCAAUGCAAUUUGCCAGAAACACCAAGUGAAAUGGCUACAGUAAAAGUGGCUAAUGCAGAGACAACCUAUGAAACUAGUCUUUUAAUUGGCUCAGAUGGAUAUGGUUCAAAAGUACGUUCUGCUAUAAAUGAUCAACAAUAUGUUAGUUGGGAGUAUGGGCAACGCGCAAUUGUAGCGACAUUAAACAUACAAUCUGAUGAAGAUGAUAUCUACAAGGGUCAUGUGGCUUGGCAAAAAUUUGCUCAAUUGGGUCCAAUUGCCUUAUUACCAUUGGAUAAUCAAAUAUGUUCACUAGUAUGGACUACUAGUAUUGAAGAGGCGCAACGUUUAAUCAAUUUGAACGACAAUGAAUUCAUCCAAGCUUUAAAUGAUGUUUUAUCAGAAGAAAAAGAAUUGAACAAAAGUAGUAUGCUUUUAGCAGAUGAUGUAGUUCGAAUGGUGACAACAGUAUUAAGUAAAUUUAGCCAAUCAAACAACAAUAAUGAAUUACACAAAGUAGUUAAAUCUGUACCACCUAUUAUUACUGGAGUGACAGAAAAUAGUAGAGGAUCUUUUCCAUUAGGUUUUGGUCAUGCUUGUCAGUAUGUUGGUCAGCGUGUUGCAUUAGUUGGUGAUGCUGCACAUAGAAUACAUCCUCUGGCUGGUCAAGGUGUUAAUUUAGGUUUUAAUGAUGUUAUAGAACUUAGUGAUCAACUGAAUAAAUCAUUAUUGACAGGCGCUGAUAUUGGAGACCUGAAUGCACUUUUAAAUUAUGAAACCGCUGCACAGCGUCGUAAUGUUCCUAUUAUGUUGGGUGUUGAUGGCAUUCAAAAACUUUAUGGUAGCAGUAACAAUUUUAUACCACCUGCUAUUAUGACAUUAAUCCGCAAUGUAGGUAUUGCGUUUUGUCAAUCAGCUUCAUCGAUGAAAAAAGCGUUGAGUGAUAAAGCAUCUGGAUUGCCUGUAUAAUUGAAUAUAUGAUGUGUCUUAUUAUGUGGUUUAACAUAUAUUGUUGAUGUUGAUAUUUACCUAUUUGUUUUAUUUUUGUUACAUUGUAAGUAGUAGCUAAUUACUUUAUGUAUAGUUAAAUAUUUAUGUUAUGUAUAAUAUAUAUAUAUAUACACCAAAUAAAUAGAACGGAAAAGUAUGAUAGAUGUUUACAAAA